AGUAAGUCAGUCAGUGCCGUUGCAAACUGAGACGGAAGGAAUGUAGAGAGACAAGAUGCUGUGUUUUUAAACGGCGUUUCGUCUCAACCCGGGGAUUCAAUGUACUGUUGCCGUGACCGUUUAUGUUUUGCCAACAAGCGACAAAAGGGUUAUCCGGCGACCGACCGACGGCUGUCUGCAGCCCGCAGCCGCCCGUCCUGUCAUCACCUGCGGUCUGCUUUUCACGCACCGUCCGCUGGAUUACAUGGAGAUCUGCAGAAGGUUGAAAAAGUUAUCUCGGGCUGUCUCAACUCUGAUUUAACGUGAACAUCCAAGCUUGUGAGCUGUGUGUGGAGUUUCAGACUGUUUAUGGAGAACUCCCUCACCUUCCAAUGAAAUAUAAUGGAGUAUCCCCCGACUCUGCCUUUCCUACUGGUUGUAUUUGCACUGCAGAGUUUGGCAUAUGGAUCUCGACCCAGGCUAGAGGAUGCUGCUCCACGAAUUGUUGAACAUCCGUCAGAUCUGAUUGUGUCCAAGGGGGAGCCAGCUACCCUCAACUGCAAGGCAGAGGGCCGUCCGAUUCCCAUGGUAGAAUGGUACAAAGAUGGGGAUCGGGUCGAGACAGACCGUGAGGACCCUCGCUCUCACAGGAUGCUCUUACCCAGCGGUUCCCUCUUCUUUCUGAGAAUCGUACAUGGCCGGCGAAGUAAACCUGAUGAAGGAGUCUAUGUGUGCGUGGCCCGUAAUUACCUGGGUGAGGCAGUCAGUCGAAAUGCGUCGCUGGAAGUAGCAAUUCUAAGAGACGACUUCCGUCAGACACCCAGUGAUGUGGUGGUUGCAGCGGGCGAGCCAGCUGUCAUGGAGUGUAUCCCUCCCAGAGGCCAUCCUGAGCCAACCAUAUCAUGGAAGAGAAAUAACGUCCGGGUCAAUGACAAAGAUGAGAGGAUUACGAUGCGAGGUGGCAAAUUGAUGAUUUCCAACAGCAGGAAAAGUGAUGCUGGCAUGUAUGUUUGUGUUGGCACCAACAUGGUUGGAGAGAGAGACAGUGAUCCAGCUGAAUUGGUGGUGUUUGAGAGGCCGGUGUUCACCAAGCAGCCGGUGAACCAGGUGGUGUUGGCAGACGAUACAGUGGACUUCUUCUGCGAGGUACAUGGAGAUCCAACUCCGACUGUCCGCUGGCGAGUAGAGGAAGGGGAGUUACCUCGGGGCAGAUUUGACAUUCGCCCUGACAACAGUCUGCGCCUGAGCCAGGUGCGAGCCGAGGACGAGGGCACUUACACGUGUGUGUCAGACAACAGCGUGGGCAAAGCCGAGGCAGCAGCGACUCUGCAAGUGCACGUGCCUCCUCAGAUUGUUGUGCGACCACGUGACCAGAUCACAAUGCCAGGUCGCACUGUGACCUUCCUCUGUGGCACUAAGGGGAACCCUCCACCUGCUGUCUUUUGGCAAAAAGAAGGAAGCCAGAUCUUAUUAUUCCCUAUUCAAGAGCAAUCACAACAAGGACGCUUUUCUGUGUCGCUUAGCGGUGAGCUAACCAUCAUCGAUGUUCGCGGUGAGGACUCGGGCUAUUACAUCUGUCAGGCCAUCAGCGUGGCGGGGAGCAUACUUACCAAAGCCCUUCUAGAGGUGGAAAGCACACCUUCUGAUCAUGUUCCCCCAAUUAUUCGCCAAGGACCAGCGAAUCAUACUUUUGCACCGGGUUCAACCGCACAGUUACAUUGUCACAUCAUGGGCAACCCAAUUCCCAGUAUCCAAUGGGAGAAGGACGGCCAGAGGAUUCUAACCAGCGACAGUCGAAUCAGCCUGAUGGAAAAUGGAACCUUCCAAAUAUAUGAUCUUCGGGAAGCCGACUCUGGAGUUUACACCUGCCUGGCUUCCAGCUCAAGCGGCGAGACGAGCUGGAGUGGAGUCCUCACAGUUAAAGAGAAUGCGGACCCCUCAGUUAUUCAGACUACUGAGCCUUUCCAAUUGCCGGGUCCACCACACAAACCCAUCGUCACGGAUGUUUCCAAGAACAGUGUCUCUCUAACUUGGCAACCCAAUGCUCAUGAAGGCGGAGCUGCAGUUACCUCUUACAUCAUCGAGGCCUUCAGCCAAUCAGCCGGCAGCACUUGGCAAACUGUAGCCGACAUGGUGAAAAUAGAAACACACACAAUCACAGGCCUCCUUCCCAACACCAUCUACUUGUUCAUCGUCCGAGCUGUCAACGCUUACGGCCUGAGCGACCCCAGCCCCAUCUCGGAGCCUGUCAGAACACAAGAUGUGAGUCCGACAGGUCAGGGAGUGGACCACAGGCAGGUGCAGAGAGAGCUGGGCGAGGUUGCAGUCCAGCUACAAGAUCCUAUCAAAAUUACCACAUCUUCCAUCCGGGUCUCCUGGACUGUCGAUCGUCAGUCUCCGUUUGUGCAGGGCUACCGCCUCUUCUACUGCCCAAGUGGGGGGACUUGGCUUCUCCAAGAUAUUAACUCUCCUUCUGAGCGCAGCAUUGUCUUGACCAGCCUACUCAAAGGAACGGAGUACGAGAUAAAGAUCCGGCCUUAUUUUGACGAAUUUCAGGGGAAGGACAGCCGUACAAUACGGGUCCGAACCCUAGAAGAAGUGCCGAGUGCCCCGCCGAGAGGUGUAACAGUGGCAACAGUGAAGCAGAGCAACAUCUCUAGCAUCAGCGUCUCAUGGGAGCCACCACCCAGCGGCAUGCAGAACGGAAUCAUCCAGGAGUAUAAGGUUUGGUGUGUGAGCAGUGGCAACAACAACCAGACACGCUACUACAUCAACAAGACAGUGGAUGGGAACACUUUGUCCACUGUUCUAAAUGGCCUGAUGCCCAGAGUACAGUACCAGGUCGAGGUUGCGGCUGUUACUGGUGCUGGUGUUGGCACACGCAGCACGCCUGUGCCCAUCUUCAUCGAGACGGCAGCUGAACAGCCCACUGUGCCAGGCAGCACGGAUGCUGGCGACGGCGAGGAGGGCAACGUGAGUCUGGCCGAGCAGAUCACGGAUGUGGUCAAGCAGCCGGCGUUCAUAGCAGGCAUCGGCGGAGCCUGCUGGGUCAUCCUCAUGGGCUUCAGCGUCUGGAUCUACUGCCGACGCAAAAAGAGAAAGGAGCUGAGCCACUACGCCGCCUCCUUCGCUUACACGCCAGCAGGCAAGAGUAUUGGCUUUCCAUGUGGAGAAGCAUCUGGACUCAAUGGAAGGCCGGGCGUGCUGGGAGGCAACAUGGGCAACUACCCGUGGCUGGCAGACUCUUGGCCCACCACCAAUCUGGUCCACGGCGGUAAAGAGGCUGUCAACUGCUGCACCACCAGUCAUGACACAGCUGAAAGAUAUUACAACGAAGCAGGCAUCUCCAACUAUCUGAAUCAAACAGAGAAGUACAGCAUGGGCGGCUCCACCGAAGGACCAAUUUACAGCACCAUCGAUGCCACCAACGAGGACCUGCACGGCUUCACCUGCGCCCAGCACUCCUCCACCACUCCCUAUGCUUCCACCUCCGUCAUGCCGUUCUCCCACCAAACGCAGGGCGAAGCGCACAGUGGCGAGCAGCAAGAUGACGGACACUGGAUCACCCAACAUGGAACCCCUGGAGCUCAGUACGCUCAGCCAGACCGCUGCAAUGGUAAGCCAAAGCAGAAGGCAAUGGGUAAGGCUGUUAAGACCCCAUCUCUGACAUGGAUGGAGACCUUGCCCCCACCUUCCCCGGUUGGAGAGCUGGAACAGUGUGACCAAGAUGAAGAACCCCUCGAGCACGAGAACAUGGACAUAGGCUCAAAUGAGGAGUGGUGUCCUCCUCUGCCGGAGAGGACCUACUUGGUGGAGGGCUGCGAAGAAGGCCCCUGCCAGAGAAAUGACGCCUCCUCUCCAGCAGCCUCCUACGGUCACCAGUCGACCGCGACGCUCACCCCAUCUCCCCACGAGGAGACACGGGCUACCCAGGACCUGCCCCGCCUUAACCAACAGGAUAGCCAGCAUUUGUCACGCAGAAGGUUACCAUGUGGUCCAGUGCCAGUUCCCCGGGCACCAAGUCCACCACUCACGCAAUCCAACUCUUCCAGCCAACAACAUCUCGGCUCAUCAGAUGUUUGCUCGCCGCAAUGCCGAAGUCCUGCCCAGCACUGCCAACAUAGCCAGGGGGUGUCUCCAAAUGAAGACGACGUCAUCUCAACUACACCCGUGCACAGCCAGCCAUCCCCAGCAGAUACAUGGUCUCCUUCUAACCAAAAAGUGCGAGUGAAAAAAAAGGCAUACAGGAGAGAAAUACAAGGAGACCUGCCUCCACCACCAGAGCCGCCCCCAGAGGAGGACAGGUUGCAGGGCUCACGGAGAUGCAUGGAGGCCUGUAAAAUGACAAAUGGCUCCUUGUCUUCCCUGGAGAGGAGCGAAUACAGCAGCGUCAGCCACCAGCGCAAAGGCUCUGGACAAAGACAUGCUGAGACUGCACAUCCCUACCUUUCCAGGAAUCAGAUGUCCACUAACUGUUCGACCACAGGAAGCUCCUCAUCCCGAGGCUCCACGGGCUCCCGAGGAGUCAACGCCGCCAGGAAGUAUAGCGAGGAAAUGAGAUAAGUUUUGUCUGAGAGGCUGGAAGUUAACCUUUGAUGCCGCCACCUUUCAACUGGGGACACGGUGACCUACAUGACACUCAUGUCAUGAUGCUGUGAAAAAACAAGACUCUUCUUCAUGCUUUUGGUAUUAUUAUGAUUAUUUAUGUGCUGCCCUGGUCGCUUGGUUUGUAAAUACCUGUGUCUGUACUCAGCUUUUGUGGGCUCUGGAUACAGGAAAGAGAUUACCAGUAAAAAAAAUAUACAAAAUAGUCUGUUGUUCAAAAAGCCCAACUCCUCUGAAUGUGCCAAGAAUACAUUUUGUGGAAAGACAUGAACUACUGCUGCACUCUUGUUGUGAAGCCAAAACAACAGCAAAUAAGCACAAGGAAAGGCCAAAAGGUGCAGGAAGAAAACAGCGGGACUCCUGCAGUCCAACCGAAUGUUUCUUGGUUUUUGUUGGUUUUUGUGCAACAGAAGGAUCCUGUGUGCCAGCAGACAGACUUUCUGCAAGUUUGAUUGUAAUCCCGCGCCUUCUUCUGCCCUCGUGUUCGUCUGAGGGGCGGUUUGCUGCAGUUGUGGGAUUUAUAAAUACAGAAUAUAAGAAUUCCAAAAAGAACAAAAAAAGUGUCUGUUGACUGACUUUUGUACU